GUCAUUUCCACCCAAGGAAGAAGAAGAAGAAUGUGGCUUCCGAUUAAACAGUAAACACAUGUCGCAGCGAUAGCUUUGCGCUUUAGGUGUUCCAGCAAUGACGCGAUGGGCCAGAGCCAACAACAUUCACAAACACAAACCUGCUGAGGCAACACCCUGGAGCCAGCUUAGAACAGGAGGGGGCAGAGGACGAGGGGGAGGUGGAGGAAGAGAUGGAGGAGCAGGCAGAGGGAGUGGUCGUCCAGGCUCUUUUGGAGGUUCAGGAGGUGCUAGCCAUGGUCCUGGGGGUUGGGGGAGAGGGAGGGGAGGAGGGGGAGACCCUCUGAGGCGAACGCAGCUUGGCGAUGCUGGGAUUAAGAAGCCCUGUCGGAAGAAGAAAGACUACGACAAUGAGGAUGUGAACGGCUUCAUGGAGUACCUUCAGAGUGGCGGGGCGGGAACGUCCAGGCGAGGUGGCGGAGCAGGGAUGGGGGGAGGAAUGGAGGGACUCAGGGAAGAGGUAGAGACAGCCCUGAAGAAAGACAGAAGGAGAGAGGACAGGAGGAUAAAGAGACAGGAUGACAAGAAGAGCAACAUGGUGUGUUUUAACUGUAGGAAGCCUGGCCACGGGUUGGCUGACUGUCCGGAGGCGGACAGAGACGAGGAGAUGGGGAGGGAUAUUUGCUACCGCUGUGGAUCCACAGAACACGAGAUCCAACGCUGCCGCGCUAAAAUCGAUCCUGCUCUAGGUGAAUACCCGUAUGCAAAGUGUUUCAUCUGUAGUAAGACUGGUCACCUGUCCAGGUCCUGCCCUGACAACCCCAAAGGACUGUACGCCGCAGGAGGUUGUUGUCGUGUGUGUGGUUCAGUAGAACACUUCCAGAAGGAUUGUCCUGAGCACCAGGCUGCAUCUAACCAAGUGACCUUGGGCUGGCUGUCCAAUAACAUGAGUGCUGACCACGAGGAAGUGCAUGUGCCUGUGAAGAAAGCCCCGCCCAAACAGGCCAAGGUAGUGGUCUUCUGACCUGCCAAUCCACUCAGAGGACUCACCAGAUUGCUCUUUGGUUGUCAGUAUUGUCCAAACUACACAUCCCAAGACUUAUAUCCAUGAAGGGCUUUCAAUCUGUCAUUGUUUUCUCUCAGAGCUAUGAAAAACAACAUCCAUAGUCAGGGAAAAUGGAGAGCUUCUCUUGACUGCCAUAUUGGAAAGCGCUCUCUGUGGUCUCACACCAUGGACUCUGUGUAUAGGACUGGAAAUUAUUCGUAUGGAUGGGACUAGAAUGGACUGGAGCCUAAAGAUGUGUGUUUAUAUCUCGGUAGCCCUGUAUCCUGUGUGUUUAGUGGUGUACUCUAUCCAUCCAGCCAUCCAUCCUCAGGUGUCAAAGAGAAACAAAGGUAAAAAAUAUAGGUUUAUUUGCUAUUUACAGAAUACGUUUUGUCAUUGGGUAUCGCUAUUACUGCACAUUCACUCACAUCAACAUCUGAAAUAUUUAUAGCAACAUUUAAUAAAUAAGACCUACAUUACA